GGUUUGGUUUUGUUGUUGUGCUCUGGGCACCAUGUCAAAUUCGGGCUCCCAUCAAGACACUGGGAACAAGCCAGAGACGGAAAAAAAUAACCAAGAUGACUCUCAACCCCCUGUCAACUCCGAGAGGAGGAACAAAAGUGGAAUAAUAAGUGAACCUUUGAACAAAAGUCUUAAGAAGUCCCGUCCACUCUCCCACUAUUCCACCUUUGGUAGCAGCAGCUCGGUAAGCGAACAUUCAGAGAAAGGCAACCCCUUAGCUAAUGGCAACGAAGCGACUGUGGAUAAAAGUCAUUCUACCUCAAAGCACAAAAACAUCUCUAGUAUGCUGAGCAAAUUAGACCGGGUGUCGGAGAUCUCCUCAGAAGGACAGACCGCCCUACAACAGUUUGCUCAGUCGACAGAAAUGCUCAAAAGAGUGGUACAGGAGCAUCUUCCUCUAGCAAGCGACCACGGGACUGGUAUCUCUGACAUGGAGGCAGUCUCAGCUGCAGAGACAAUGAACGGCCCCUCUGAUUUUCCUUACCUGGGGGCUUUUCCCAUCAACCCAGGCCUUUUCAUUAUGACCCCUGCCGGCGUGUUUCUGGCAGAGAGCGCGCUCCAUAUGGCUGGCUUGGCAGAGUACCCCAUGCAGAAUGAGUUGGCAUCUGCCAUCAAUUCGGGGAAAAAGAAACGGAAAAGAUGCGGCAUGUGCCCGCCCUGCCGAAGACGGAUAAACUGCGAGCAGUGCAGCAGUUGUAGGAAUCGCAAAACUGGCCACCAGAUUUGCAAAUUCCGAAAAUGUGAAGAACUCAAAAAGAAGCCUUCUGCAGCACUGGAGAAGGUGAUGCUUCCUACAGGAGCCGCGUUCAGAUGGUUCCAGUAGGAACGGGAAUCCCAAAGCUCUGUCAUCCAAGUGCAAUGUCACUGCUUGCUUGUGUUGUCUCAGGCAAGGGAUUUUUGGCUGAAAUGAAUGGAUGCACCUGUGUCUCUUUAGAACCAAAAAUAUUUUCUCGCAAAUCUCAUUCCUGUUUUUAUAAUUUUUUUUUUUUUUGCGUUCGUUUUAACAUCUUCGAGUCCUAGUCAGACAUUUAACUGCUUUUCAAAUAAAAAUAAUUAAAAGAAAAAAACAAUGGAUCUGUAAAGUACCAAGACUUAAUAGACAGAGUAUGGACAAUCAGUUUCUUUCUGUGUUUUGGUGUUGAUGUUGUUUAUGUGUGAAAGAUGCAGUACUUGUGUAGGGAAUGUAAAUUUACAGUAACCUUUUAAAAUCUAGUUACUAAUAAGCACUACUGUAAUUUAGCACAGUUGUUUAAUUGCACCCUCAUUUAUACUUUUUAUUUGAUUCUUUCCCAUCAUACAAUAGAGUGGAUAGUUUCUAGAAUGCCUCAACUUCAUGUUUAUAAAUGAGAAUAUGUUUAAAGCGAUGUAGUAUCCCUUUUCCUAGCCAUUCACCUAUGUAAGUUUAACCCGCAAGAGGUUCGGUAUAAAAGGUGGAAGAAAACAAUUGCUACACAACUGGCGGUCUUCGAAAAAGGAAAAAAGAAUAAAAAAAAAAAAAGAAAAAAAGUCAUUGUUAGUUUAUUAAUAUAGAACAAGAAACACUGCGUACAGAAAAACCUCCUAAUUGCAACGGUUUACUCCUAGAAGUAAUUUUUGUAAACUUACUGAAGUGAAAAUCAAAAUAAAAAUAAUAUUGCAGGACCUGUGCUGAAGCAGUUACGAAAAGUGAUA